AUGCGAUCUCCGGAGCAGCGAAGCGGUAGAACUUUGAAGAGUCAAUUAAAGGGGUAUCAAGCGCCUAGCAUAUGCUUCAAAGAUGAAAAUGAUAAACUUGGCCUAAGCAAUGCUGAAAACUGUGAAAUACUUGCGAAGCAUUUCGAUCAACUUUUAAACUGCCCUGAACCAAAACAUAAGUUGGACUUCUCUGAAACAACUGAGAAUCUGGAAGAAGAUAUACCACCCAAUGCUGAAGAAAUUAAAGAAACAAUUAACAAUCUAAAAAAUAAUAAAGCUAGUGGAGAAGACUCUAUAACAGCUGAACUUUUGAAAUGGUCUCAAUCAAAAAUCAUUGAAGAACUACAAUUAAUCUUUGAAGAUAUUUUGAGAACAGAGAGAUUUCCAGAAGAAUGGAAAGUAGCUCUAAUUCACCCAUUACAUGAAAAAGGGGACAAACUGAAUGUUGAUAAUUACAGAGGCAUCUCUCUUCUGCAAACUGCAUACAAGAUAAUCUCAAAAAUAUUGCUGAAUAGAAUAGAAACAACACUUGACAAGCAACUGGGCAAGUAUCAAGCUGGAUUUCGAAAAGGUAGAUCUUGCUCAGAACAAAUAUUUAACUUAAUAUCCAUAAUUCGCCAAAGGAUACUGAAUUCAAAGGACAUAGGUGUAACUUUUAUAGAUUUUAAAAAGGCAUUUGACUCGGUUGAUAGGGAAACUAUAGAUAAAACAAUACGUGAAUUUGGAGUUAAAAAUAAAUUGGCAAACUUAAUACUGUUAGACAACCUAAAAAGUGCAACAACACAAAUCAAUCUCUUGGAAGAAAUAGCCAACAAAGCAGGUUUGAAAAUUUCGGUAGAAAAAACUAAAUUUAUUACAAACAUCAAGAACGCUCCAAAAUUUUUGACUACAGAUAUUGGUCUAGUGGAAAAAGUAAAGAAAUUCAAAUACCUGGGAGAAAUAAUUCAAGAAAAUGGUUUAGAAAAAUCUGCAGUAGAAGAAAAGUUACCCAAGAUGGAAAUAGCGUAUGGUAUCACUAAGAAUUUUUACAACAAAAGAUUAGAUAAACUAGAAGUACUAGAAAGGAGAAUCAUGAGAAAAAUUUUAGGUCCAGUGAAAACAACAAAAGUAUGGAAAUUAAUAUCUAAUAAUGAAAUAUACAGGAACAUAGAAGGCAUAACUGAAACGACAAGGAAAAGAAGACUGCAAUUUUUUGGCCAUAUUUACAGAAUGGAUGAGUCCAGAUUAACAAAAAGAAUACUCAUGUACCUUUGGGAGAAAAAGGCAACAACUAGUUGGAUUCAAGAGGUAAAGAAAGAUCUAGAAAGAAAUAAUAGAAAUAUAAGUGAAGAAGAAACUAUAGACAGAGAGAUUUUUAGAAAGAGGGUAUUAAGAAUGGAAGGAUUUCAAGGAAGAUUGAAGAAGAAACCUGGUGCGAAGUGGUCUGAGGACAGAAAGAAACAGCAUAGUGAAAAGAUGAAGGAAUAUCGGAGGGAACGGAAAAGAAAACAGCUAAGUGUGAAGAAGUGA